AUGACAACAACAACAGAGCUAAAUCCUCUCACCAGGACUCUCACGGAUGUGCUGGACGACGAGUUGUACCACAUCGCCAACAGGGGGCAGGAGUGCGUACAAACACCCAAAGGCUGGAAAAACCGUUCGUUAGAGAAUUUGAUGUAUGCCCCAGACCAGAGCACAGCGUUCGGCACAGGCGUCACGUUCGAUGCGGACCAUGAGUUCAAGGACUCAAUGUUCAGCAAGUAUGCAGACCCCUCUUUGACUACGAUGUCGCUCGACAAGCCGGUGGACAGUCGGAAAACUUCGCCAGCAUCACUAACGCCCGUACAGGCGACUGUAUCGCUCAACAACGUCAUGAACGUUAACCCCUUCCUGGCGCGGCUACCCAGCAACGGUCAGGAUGUCCGGAUCUCGUCGCCUGCACUGUUUCAGGGCGAGGAUGAGGAUAUGCUAAACUCAGGUGAGAGCUUCCCUCCAGACUACUACUACGAGGACAACCAGAAGCUGUUCAGCUGGCCGCUCCAAGAAUCUGCUACAAUGUCCCAGGACGCCAUGUCUAUCUUCGACCGCGAAUUUGAUGACGACCUGAGCGAAGACGAAGACGAAGACGAGGACGAAGAGCUGGAGGCUGGGGACGACCAAGAUCAACCCAAGCUGGAGGCUGGAAGCGAGUACCAACUUAAUGACGACGAUUCUCUGAUUUUUGACAGGGUGAGGCCUGGCGCCAGUUUUGUGGAUGACGACCGCAAUGAUUUUGCAGUCGUAGACGACGAAGACGAUGAAGACGACGAAGAGAUUGGCUUUCACAACGAGCUCCAAUCAGCGGGCUGCACUGAAGGUAAGCACGGCGAGCAAGAUACUUUUGAUGAGGACGUACUAUACGACCGCAACAACAGAAAAAGUAGUGUGGUUUGCUCGGGCGAGCAAUAUACGACAGCACCAUCGAGCACGCGGAUCUCACGUGAAAGCUCACCCGAAGAUACCUUUACAGAAGCCAAGUGCGUCACGCCAAGUCCAAGCUCUCUUUCAUCCACACCAUCCUUUACUCGGAAGAAGAAAUACCCGUCCCGAAGAAAGUCUUCGAACGCCACCCCUUCUGCUCCGGCUAUUAAGAAGAGGAUUUCUCCCCUUCCCUCAGUCACAUCCUCGCCGGGAAGCGGCCAAGAGGUCCACACUUGCACAUUGGUAAACCCCAUCACAAACGAGCCAUGCUCUAAGAAGUUUUCCAGGCCUUAUGAUCUUAUAAGGCACCAAAAGACGAUACACGCCAGCAAAAAGAAAGUCUUCCGCUGUGUCAUAUGCAUUCAGCAACAGGGUACAGAAGGAUAUCAGAAGACUUUUUCAAGAGGCGACGCUUUGAGCCGACAUGUCAAGGUUAAACACGAGCUGACAGGUGCGGAGGCUCAAAAAGCGAUUCAGUUUGCCAAGGAAAACGUUGAAUUUGCUGGUGCCUAA